AAAAAAGGAAGAACAUAUCAAAAAACGACAUCGUAUAAUAUUCAGUGCCUCUGCCCUUUCAUUUUUUUUUUAUAUCUGAGAGAGAGAGAGAGACAAAGAGACAAAGUAAGAAAAAAAAGUAAAGAGAACACCAAAAAAUUGGAUUUGGAGGUAAUAAAUUUCAAAAACUUUCGUUUGGAAGAAUCUGAGAUUCUCAGCUACCAGAAUUGUAGUGGGUUUGUGGCUAAAUCUGGAAUAGGGUUAGGGUUUUUUUUUGGAUUUGUAAAAAAAAAUGGCGGAGCAGAAGAGUAAUAAUAACAAUAAUAGGUGGAACUGGGAGGUUACUGGGUUCGAAUCGAGGAAGUCUUCUUCUAGUGAGGACUCCGUUCAUCGGACUCCGUCGUCCACGCUCCGACGGUACUCGAUCCCGAAGAACUCGCACUCGUCGGAGCUUGCGUUUAAGGUUCAGAGUCUGAAGGAUAAAGUUCAGCUUGCAAAGGACGAUUAUGUGGGAUUGAGACAGGAAGCUACUGAUCUUCAAGAGUACUCUAAUGCUAAGCUUGAAAGGGUUACACGUUAUUUAGGUGUUCUCGCUGAUAAAAGUCGUAAACUUGAUCAAUAUGCCAUUGAGACCCAGGCUAGGAUAUCUCCACUUAUCAAUGAGAAGAAAAGACUGUUCAAUGACUUAUUGACGACCAAAGGGAACGUAAAGGUAUUUUGUCGAGCAAGACCAUUAUUUGAAGACGAGGGUCCUUCUAUUAUUGAAUUCCCUGAUAACUCUACCAUACGUGUAAACACUAGUGAUGAUACUCUGACCAAUCCUAAGAAAGAAUAUGAAUUUGACCGAGUUUAUGGACCUCAAGCUGGACAAGCUUCAUUGUUCAGUGAUGUCCAACCCUUUGUGCAAUCUGCGCUGGAUGGGUCUAACGUCUCUAUAUUUGCCUAUGGACAAACUCGUGCAGGGAAGACAUAUACAAUGGAAGGAUCGAAUCAGGACCAUGGUUUAUAUGCUCGUUGUUUUGAAGAACUUAUCAACUUGGCCAAUUCUGAUUCAACUUCAACAUCUCAGUUCAGGUUCUCUGUUUCAGUUUUUGAGCUCUAUAACGAACAGAUCAGGGAUUUACUCUUGGGUUGUCAGAGCAACUUGCCGAAGAUCAAUAUGGGGUUACGCGAAUCUGUUAUAGAACUAUCGCAGGAAAAAGUUGAUAGUCCAUCGGAGUUCUUGAGAGUCCUGAAAUCUGCAUUUGAAAAAAGAGGGAAAGAUAAACCAAAGUCUAAUGUGACUCACUUGGUCGUCUCAGUGCACAUUUGUUAUAGCAAUACAAUUACGAGAGAAAAUGUAAAUAGCAAGCUCUCUUUAGUUGACCUGGCUGGAAGUGAAGGUUUAACUGUGGAAGAUGACAAUGGAGAUCAUGUAACUGAUUUGCUCCAUGUAACUAAUUCAAUUUCCGCGCUGGGAGAUGUUUUAUCCUCUUUGACGUCAAAAAAAGAUACGAUUCCUUACGAGAACUCAUUUCUUACAAGAAUACUUGCAGAUUCAGUAGGGGGGAGCUCCAAAACAUUGAUGAUCGUCAAUAUUUGUCCAAGUGCUCGGAACUUGUCUGAGAUAAUGUCAUGUCUCAAUUAUGCCGCUAGAGCUAGGAAUACUGUACCAAGCCUUGGGAAUCGAGACACAAUUAAGAAAUGGAGAGACGUGGCAAAUGAUUCUCGGAAGGAGUUAUUGGAGAAGGAGAGGGAAACUCAGCGUCUAAAACAAGAGGUUACAGGUUUAAAACAAGCACUUAAAGAAGCAAAUGAUCAGUGUGUACUGCUCUACAAUGAAGUACAGAGAGCGUGGAGAGUUUCAUUCACACUGCAAUCAGAUUUAAAAUCAGAGAAUACGAUGGUUGCAGACAAGCAUAAAAUAGAAAAGGAGCAGAAUUCUCAGUUACGAAAUCAAAUAGCUCAACUUUUACAGUUCGAACAGAAACAAAAGCUGCAGGUGCAACAACAAGAUUCCACCAUUCAAAAUCUUCAGUCUAAAAUGAAAGACUUAGAAUCACAACUAAGGGAAGCCCUGAAGUCUGACAUGACAAGAUCAAGAGAUCCAAUGGAAUCUCAGCCCAGGGCAGCUGAGAACACAGUCGAUUCUUCUGCAGUUACCAAGAAACUUGAGGAAGAACUGAAAAAACGUGAUGCUUUGAUUGAGAGGUUGCAUGAAGAAAAUGAAAAAUUGUUUGACAGAUUAACAGAAAAGUCGGUGGCUAGCUCGACUCAGGUAUCUAGCCCCUCAUCAAAAGCUUCACCAACAGUGCAGCCUACAGAUGUUGACAGGAAAAAUAGCGCUGGCGCUUUAGCAUCUUCAGUGGAUAAAAAUGAAGGCGCGAUUGCAAUAGUAAAAUCCAGCUCUGAAUUAGUAAAAACCACUCCAGCUGGAGAAUACUUAACAGCUGCAUUGAAUGAUUUUGAUCCCGAACAAUAUGAAGGUCUUGCAGCCAUUGCUGAUGGCGCAAACAAGCUUCUUAUGCUGGUCUUGGCAGCUGUCAUAAAGGCUGGUGCUUCCAGAGAGCAUGAAAUCCUUGCUGAGAUCAGAGAUGCUGUCUUUUCAUUUAUGCGGAAAAUGGAACCAAGAAGAGUAAUGGAUACAAUGCUUGUUUCUCGAGUCAGGAUAUUGUACAUAAGGUCCUUACUUGCACGAUCACCUGAGCUUCAGUCGAUCAAGGUUGCUCCUGUUGAACGCUUUUUGGAGAAGCCAUAUACUAGUCGAAGUAGAAGCUCCAGCGGGAGUAGCAGCCCAGGCAGAUCACCAGUUCGAUAUCAUGAUGAGCAGAUUCAUGGCUUUAAAGUAAAUUUAAAGCUAGACAAGAAAAGUAAGUUGGUAUCUGUAGUUUCAAGAAUCCGUGGACAUGACCAGGAUACUGGGAGGCAGCAGGUAACUGGAGGAAAGCUGAGGGAGAUACAAGAUGAAGCCAAAAGUUUUGCCAUUGGAAACCAACCCUUGGCUGCUUUAUUUGUUCACACUCCGGCUGGUGAACUGCAAAGACAGAUUAGGUCAUGGCUUGUAGAAAGUUUUGAGUUUCUCUCUGUUACAGUAGAUGAUGUUUCAGGAGGAACCACUGGCCAAUUAGAGCUUCUUUCCACAGCAAUUAUGGAUGGCUGGAUGGCUGGAGUAGGAGCUGCGGUGCCACCUCACACGGACGCUUUAGGACAGCUUUUAUCUGAGUAUGCAAAACGAGUCUACACUUCUCAGAUGCAGCAUUUAAAGGAUAUUGCUGGUACUUUGGCUUCAGAAGAAGCAGAAGAUGCUGGUCAAGUCGCGAAGCUUCGAUCAGCUCUCGAGUCUGUUGACCACAAAAGAAGAAAGAUUUUGGAACAGAUGAGAAGUGAUGCAGCUUUGUUUACCUUGGAAGAAGGCAAUUCUCCUGUUCAAAAUCUUUCUACAGCAGCUGAAGACUCAAGAUUAGCCUCCCUCAUUUCUCUAGAUGCCAUACUAAAGCAAGUCAAGGAAAUAACAAGACAAGCCUCAGUCCACGUUUUGAGUAAAAGCAAGAAGAAAGCAUUGCUUGAGUCUCUUGAUGUACUUAAUGAACGAAUGCCUUCUCUCCUUGAUGUUGAUCAUCCAUGUGCACAAAGAGAAAUUGAUACGGCUCACCAGUUGGUCGAGACGAUUCGAGAACAGGAGGACAUUCUUCAAGACGAAAAGAGACCUCCAUUAGAAUCAAUAUCUUCAACAGAAACCGAUGUGUCUCAAUGGAACGUUUUGCAAUUCAACACGGGAGGCUCUUCAGCUCCAUUCAUCGUAAAAUGCGGAGCAAACUCCAACUCGGAGCUCGUAAUCAAAGCGGAUGCUCGUAUUCAAGAACCUAAAGGAGGAGAAAUCGUGAGAGUUGUGCCAAGACCUUCGGUUUUAGAAAACAUGAGCUUAGAGGAAAUGAAACAAGUGUUUGGUCAGUUACCAGAAGCUCUAAGUUCACUGGCCUUAGCUAGAACAGCAGAUGGCACACGGGCUCGGUACUCUAGACUAUACAGAACUCUAGCCAUGAAGGUUCCCUCUCUAAGGGAACUCGUUGGAGAGCUAGAGAAAGGAGGAGUCUUAAAAGAUACCAAAUCGACGACUUAAAACAUGAAAGUAUUUAGUAUUACAUAUUUUUCUUUUUUACUGUGAGGCUUUUUUUUUUUUUUUUAUACUUUGGACUUGUUUGUAUUUUAUAUUUUGUGUCUGUAUUUUGCGGCCACCAAUGGUGAUGGUAUAGUGUGUAAGAGAGCCGUUUCAGCUCGAAUAUAGUGAAUUCAAGUACCGUCCAUGGUCAA